AAGAGUAGAGUCUAUCAGAUGGAUAUUCCCUGCAUUUAAUAUGAUUCAAGCUUCUUAGGGGAGGGGAAAAUAUGUAGUUCCAUGAUUGAGCAUGAAUGAAUUUCUCAUUUCACUUGUCAGCUGUCCAAAUCAAGUGCAACUGGUCCCUACAAAAAGGCAGGCCGCAAUUAAAAAUGGAUCUUCACUCGCAACUACAAAAACGAAGGUGACUAUAUAUACACAGAUAGUGGCAAAAGGAGUUGAUAGUUCCCUUGGGCUUCACUUGACAGAAGCACCCCGAAUUCACUUUUAAAGCCAUUCAUUUGAUAGUUUUCUCGCAUCUGCUGACCAAUCUCAAAUAGUCAGAUGAGUCUGCCAUUUUCUCCAGCGGCAAACGCUUCCAUCAUUGGAAGCCAUAUCAGUGCAGGCAAAUCAAUCAGCAGAAGACUUAGUGUUACAGGAGCACAAGUGACCUUGGCUCCCAAACCAACAAGGGAUAUCGUUUAUCGCCAUCUGUCCAAACAAGGAAUUCCUCUUGCUGAUCUGCACGUACAAGAUGUUGUAGAGAGGCAGACUCAACCGGCCAAGUUCAUCUCAACCAGUCCUCGUAACAAGCCAAUGUUUCGUCCUGGUUUUUUAGAGGAAGCGUAUGAAAGUUGCAGAAAGAUCUGUGCAGAAUAUGCCAAGACCUUCUAUCUAGGAACUCUACUAAUGACAGAAGAAAGACAGAAAGCUAUAUGGGCGAUUUAUGUUUGGUGCAGGAGGACGGAUGAAUUGGUUGACGGUCCAAAUGCGAUCUAUAUGAGCUCAGCUGUUCUUGAUAGGUGGGAAGAGAGACUCCAUGACAUUUUCAACGGACGCCCUUAUGACAUGCUCGAUGCUGCUCUGACUGAGACUGUGUCUAUGUUUCCCUUGGACAUCAAGCCUUUCAGGGACAUGAUAGAAGGCAUGAGGAUGGAUACAAGGAAAACCCGGUAUAAGAAUUUUGAAGAGCUAUAUCUUUACUGCUACUAUGUGGCCGGAACUGUUGGCUUGAUGAGUGUUCCAGUGAUGGGAAUUGCAGCAGAGUCUCUUCUCCCUGCUCAAACUAUAUACAAUGCAGCACUGUAUUUGGGUAUUGGGAAUCAACUGACAAACAUUCUCAGAGAUGUUGGAGAGGAUGCAUCAAGAGGUAGAGUUUACCUUCCCCAAGAUGAACUUGCCCAGUUUGGCUUAAGUGACAAGGAUAUUUUCUCAAGAACUGUCACUGAAGAAUGGAAGGUGUUCAUGAAACGUCAGAUAAGUAGGGCAAGAUUCUACUUCAGCUUGGCAGAGGAAGGGGCUUCUCAGCUCGAGAAGGCAAGCCGUUGGCCGGUUUGGUCGUCGUUAAUAAUAUACGGUAAGAUCUUGGAUGCAAUAGAAGACAACGAAUAUGACAACUUGACAAGAAGAGCCUACGUAGGAAAAGCAAAGAAACUUAUGAUGUUGCCUCUAGCAUUCACCAGAUCUCUCUCAUUCUCUCUCAAGGAUCAACACACGCGCUCUUCCUUCCACAACAACCUUCAAUAAUUCCUGUGACCACCAACAUUUUUUUUGGCCAAAAUGUAGCUAGUUACACGAAAUUAGAAAAUCCAAGCACAUAUGCACCACAAAUGAAUGAAAAUAUUUUAUUGGCCCAAAAAAAAAAAGGGUUUUACAGGGUCAAUAAUUUUCUUGGCCUCAAA